AUGUUGCUUGAAUCGUCACUCCCAAGUGCACUCGUCGAUGGGCAACGGCCGGUUUGGCUCCUCCUCCUCGCAGCGAUAAUCUACUGGCAAUGGCGGUCCUACCGGCAGCUUUCUCAUUUCAAAGGACCGUUCUGGGCUCGUUUUACAAACCUAUGGAUGUACCAAAAAGUCUCGGGCAAGACACAAUAUAGGGAUCUAUACAAUGUGAUACUUCAGUAUGGUGAUUUGGCAAGGAUUGCUCCCAAUCAACUCGUCACAGGCGACAUCGACAUGCUCCAUCGUAUGAGCGCGGCAAGGUCAAAUUACACGAGAUCGCAAAUCUACGCUGGGAACACCCUAAUGCCGGAAACGCACAACACUUUCUCCAUGGUCGACGAGCCAGCACAUACGAAGCGUCGAGCUGUGAUAGCAGCUGGUUAUACCGGAAAAGAAACCGAGGAACUCGAAAGCAAAGUAAACCAGCAAAUAGCGCAGUUCCUGAACCUCAUCAGAACCAAAUACAUCAGCACCGAUACCGAUGUCCGACCCUUAGACCUCGCCCGGAAAUGCGGUUACUUCACUCUGGAUACUAUCACUAACCUCUCUUUCAGCUCGCCUUGGGGAUUCCUCGUCGAAGAUAAGGAUCUAGGCAAUUGGUUUGCACUAGUAGGAUGGCAGUUCAAGAUCGUGACCACGAUGCAAUCGAUCCCUUGGUUGUUAAAUAUCGUGACUACACCAUGGGCUGGAAGGCUGAUGGCGAAAUUCCAAGAUCCGUCGCGGGGAGCAGCCUCAUUAGUAGCGAGGACGACGCAAAAUGUGCAGGCGAGGUUUGCGACCAAGAAUCCGGGAGAGAAGAUGGAUAUGAUGGGAUCGUUCAUCAGACAUGGGAUUACAGAAACCGAGGCUGCCUCGGAGGCAAUUCUCGCAGUAAUUGCGGGAUCCGAUACAACAGCAUCAGCCAUCCGCUCAACACUCCUCUACAUCCUCACAAACCCCCGCGUCUACCGCAAGCUCCAGGACGAAAUAGACGCUACUGCCGUCCCCUCCGGCUCCAUAAUAUCCGACGCUCAAUCCAAGACGCUGCCCUACUUGCAAGCGGUAAUCCGCGAAGGCGCGCGUAUCGUCCCGCCGACAGCAGCCACGUUCGCCAAAGUAGCGCCCAAGGGCGGCGAUACCGUGAACGGGCGUUUCAUCCCCGGCGGAACGCAAAUCUGUAUCAGCAUCUUGGCCGUCCUGAGGGAGAAGCAGGUCUUUGGUGAAGAUGUGGAGAUGUUUAGACCGGAAAGGUGGAUUACUGAUGCGGAGAGGUUUAAGGGGAUGGAGAAGAAUCUGAAUAUGAUUUGGGGGUAUGGACGGUAUCAAUGCUUGGGGAAGGAUCUGGCGUGGAUGGAGUUAAGGUUUAUUUCGAGGUAUGUUUUGUUCUUUACUUGUCUGUUGAUUAGUCUUCUGAAGAACUUCGAUUUCCAGAUCAUCAAUCCUUCGCAUCCGUGGAAAAGCGAAAAUUAUGGAUUGUGGUUGCAGAAGAAUAUGUUUGUCAAGGCGACAUUGCGGAGGUAG